AUGGUGAAAGCAAAGGUCCAAGAGGCUGGCUUUUUGCCCUUUUUGUCGAUAUUGGGCCAUGGAAAGAAGGGGGAUAGGCCCUUACUUGUGGCCUUAGCUGAGAGGUGGUGGGACACUACCCACACAUUCCACUUCGAUGAAGUUGGAGAGAUGACAAUGACCCCGACGGACUUCUCGGCAAUCACAGGAUUGCGUGUUGGUGGGAAGCGUUUACAGUACGACAUGGAGAUGUACAAAAAUAAGAACAAGGUGGUCAAAUUGUUUGGGAAACCCAUUGCUGACCUACUCGCAGGCGAGAGGAGAGUGCCGUAUGACAGCCUUUGCACCCCGUACUGGAACAAGCAUCCGAAGGAUGAUAAAGAAGCUGAUCAAAUUGCACGGGCUUUUAUAUUAUCGAUGGAUUCUUGUUCGAGGGGCAGGUCAGCAAGCAUGGGUGGGUAUUGGAGGGCAUGGGAGGUAUGGGCUUGUGAGUAUCUAAAGCCAUUUGCUUUAUCAAGCCCAAGUGGGAGUGUGAACACGUGGCCCCGAACUUUGAGGUGGGUUGGUGCAAAAUCAAAACGCGACUUGCAGCAUCACUUGGAACCUUUUAGAGUGAUGAUGCGACAUCUAACCACUGAUCAGGUAAAUUGGAACCCUUGGGGGACCAAUGACUCCGAGCUGCCGGAAGAAGUACAAAAAACCGUGCCGGCAACUCGGAAACGAAUCCUCCUUGAGGGACCAGCUGGUUCAGCAUGGUUUUUGGGCGAGCGCGUAACAAUGCAAAGUUUAGGCACCCCAUCACCUCAAGUACCCAAAAUUCCACCGAGGACAAUGCUUGCCGAUUAUAAGCUCACUAAUGAGUCAGAAGUGGAGGAAGCAGUAAAUGGGUAUCCAGCUUCCGAAUGGGUUGCUCCUCGUUCAUCCGACUAUGCUGACUACAGAGAUGAGUACAUACGUUACCGCCACUACGACGACUUGCGUGAUGCGGAACCACAACAUAGUACUCCCGCAGGGGCCAAUGUACUUCCCCGCAUCUCUCCUCAGCCAUGGUUAGUGCGAAUACCGUGUUGGGCCAACCAAAAUGGAAGUAAAGUUGUGCAGAUACCCCGUGGCCAAGAUUGCUGCGUUAUACCAUUACCUGAUGGUGUAACGUAUGUCACUGCUGAAGCUGCAACAGAGCUUAUGGAGCUCAAUGCUGGGUUGAAUGCCGUACUAUUUUCAACAGCAUUGGAAGCAAGCAUAGAGAUCAGGCGCCUACGGGAAGAGAAUGUGAGUCACUUCAGCUGA